CUGCCGUAUACGGCACCUAGUAUGAAUGCGGCCAGUCAACAUUUUGUGCUGUCUCAAGUUCAGGCUCCAAUUAUGUUACUAACCGGGCACGAGGAAGAGAUCUUCGCAGCUCGUUUUAGCACUGAUGGCACUUGCCUUGCAACUGCAGGAUUUGAUCAAAAGAUUUUUCUUUGGAAUGUGUACGGUGACUGUGAAAACUUCUCCGUGAUUCGUGGACACACUGGAGCUAUCAUGGACGUCCAUUUCAACACGGACUCAAGCUUAUUGGUAUCUGCGGCUACUGACAAAACUGUAAGAGUAUGGGACAUGGAGACAGGAGCAUGCCGACGGAAAUUCAAGUCGCAUAUUGACAUUGUUAAUGCUUGUCAUCCUUCCCGAAGAGGGCCGCAGCUGAUCUGUUCAGCUGGAGAUGACGGUCUAGUUAAAGUACAUGAUGUAAGGCAAAAGAAUGCGGUGAAGACAUAUGAAAAUAGAUUCCAACAACUGGCUAUUUCAUUCAAUGACACAACAGAUGAGAUCUUUGUCGGAAGUAUCGAUAGCGACAUUUAUUGUUGGGAUAUGAGACGCGACGAUAUAUCCUAUGUUAUGCAUGGUCAUAAGGAUAUCAUUACUGGUUUGGCGCUCAGUCCGAAUGGCAAUUUCUUGUUGUCUAACAGUAUGGACUGCUCAGCAAAAAUGUGGGAUGUGAGACCGUUUGCGCCACAAGAGCGUUGCGUGAAAUCGUUUUAUGGACACCAACACAACUUUGAAAAGAAUUUGCUGAAAUGUGGGUGGUCUGGUGACGGUAAACGAGUUACGGCUGGUUCAAGUGAUCGAUUUGCGUAUGUGUGGGAUGCCUCAUCUCGAUAUAUACUUUAUAAAUUGCCAGGACAUCUAGGAUCAGUUAAUGCUUCCGAUUUGCAUCCAACUGAACCCAUAUUGUUAUCCGCUGGAAGUGACAAACGUAUUUUCUUGGGCGAAAUUCCGUAA